CCCCUAUCGUUGCCCCUCAUAUCCUCGUCCUGGCUUCGCCUCACUGGCUCCUUCGUGGGCCUCUCCGGACCCGCUGGGCGUGGCGUGCCGACCGUGGGCCAAGGCGCGCCGCCGGCUGAAGGAGGAGGGUUCCAUGGAGACCCUGAUCAGCGAACUGGAGGCGAAGCUCGCAGAGAUGCAGAAGGCGUCUCCGAAUCUGACCCCCAUCAUCUCGGACCUGGACGUGUCGCAGAACCAUGUCACGCCCGAGCAGCUGGAGACGCUUCUGUCCACGGUUUCCACCAGCGGCAUCACGGUGAAGCGUUUCCGGAUGUUCGGGAUCCCAACGUUCAACGACGAGGCGAUGCGGAUACUAGCGGACCAUCUGAGGUCGCUGUCGUCGAAGGAGGCGGCUCCCACGGAGAUGCACUUGUCCGACUGCGCCAUCACCAGCGAGGGGUUCUACCACCUGAUGAGUGCGAUCGAGGAGACGGACCUGUUUCCGCUUCCCCCCAUUCGCGGGAAGGCCACGCCCCUGUACCUCCGGCUCGAAAACAAUUACAUCGCGGAGUCGUCCAUACAGGAGAAGAUCGAUGCUGGCGUGUUGCGCGCGUUCCAGAAGAGGCACGGCAGCAGGGGCAUGGACGAGUCCAGCCGCCGUGAAGGUGGACCUCAUAGUCCAGGACAACGGCUCCUGGAAGCAGAAGACGGGCGACCCCCCGGCACCCGAGGACGCCCCCCCGCCGAGGCCCGUGAACGACAAGUACGACGAGCAGGGCAGGCAGGCGUGGCAGGGCGGCGCGUGGCAGGGCGGCGCGCGGCAGGGCGGCGCCUGGCCGGGCGGCGGGGCCGCGCCCGCGUGGCCGCAGUGGGGCGCCCCGCGGCCCCAGUGGGGCGCGCAGCAGGCGUGGCCCGCGCACGCGGCGGCGCAGCACGCGAGGCCGGCGUGGCAGCCGCCGCAGGCCGUGAGGCCGGCGUGGCAGCAGCAGCAGCCGGCCUGGAAGCAGCCGGCGCCGGCCACGCAGCACGCGCCGCGGCCCGCCGCUCAGGCCUACGGCCAGCCCAGGCCGGUCGCCCCGCCGCAGGCAGCUGGGCACGCGGCGGCCUUCGCUGCGCCCGCCGCGGCCACCCAUCCCGCCGCGGCCGCCGCGGUGCGGCCCGCCGCAGGAAGGGUGUGGCAGCGGCCAGCCGCCGCGGGCCAGGCGGCUGCCAGCGCCGCCGACAGGUCGCGAACCCCGGCGGGCCGCACGGGGGCGGCGGCGCCCGCGGCGCCGAAGCCGCCCCCGAAGCCGCCAGCGAAUGGCCUGCCGCACCCGUGGGAGGAGCACUUCAGCGACGAGUACAACAUACCGUACUUCUGGAACACGGAGACGGGCGAGUCGGCGUGGGAGAGGCCCACCUGA